AAAAAAAAAAACCCAAACAGUGAACAAAUUCAACUGGCUACUGCUCAAGAAAAGUUGUUUAUUUCUCUCCGUUGAUUCCGCCAAAGUCUGUUGUGUGAAAAAGCCGCAUAGAAACCCACUGUCCGCCAUCUCCCGCGAUUGUCGCGCAACUGAAGAAAGUAGAGCCAAAACAUUCCAAGACUGAGAAUGUGAAAAGACAAAAACCAAAAGCACUGAUGUUUUUUUGUUAGCGAUCGAGUUUGGUAUUAUGUGGUAUAAAAGCUAGACCCCAUUUUGCUUCAAUCCGCUAUUACUGUCCUGCAAACGGUGCAACCUUCGUGUUUUUUCCGGUGCCAAGCUCGGGUUACUAUGUGGAGGUGGUGGUAGUGGUAGUGGGCGGCGAUGGGUUGCGUGAGCUCCAAGCAAGCGGUGUCGGUGACGCCUGCACUGGACCACUCGGGCGCCUUCAGGGACAGCGGAGUCGGGUCUGUGAACUCGGGUCGGAGCCGGCUCGGGUCCAGCGAGAAGGAGAGGGGCGGCAAGAAGAAGCAUGGUGGUGAGUCGGUGACGGCGCUGAGUGGGGGGAGCGAGUUGGGCGAGUCGGGAAGGGCGAGUUCGAACGGGAACGAGUCCUCGUUCAGCUUCAGAUUGGGGAAUUUGAACAAGUACGUGGAGGGCGAGCAGGUGGCCGCCGGCUGGCCGGCUUGGCUCAGCGUCGUCGCCGGCGAAGCCAUUCAGGGCUGGGUUCCUCUCCGACCCGAUGCCUUCGAAAAACUAGAGAAGAUCGGACAGGGUACGUAUAGCAGUGUGUUCCGAGCACGUGACAUGGAAACUGGGAGGAUAGUUGCUCUGAAGAAGGUGCGGUUUGAUAAUUUUGAGCCUGAGAGUGUUAGGUUUAUGGCUCGAGAGAUUAUGAUUCUACGCAGGCUUGACCAUCCAAACAUCAUAAAACUGGAGGGCUUAAUUACUUCCCGAUUAUCAUGUAGCAUAUACCUCGUAUUCGAGUACAUGGAACAUGAUAUUACUGGACUCUUAUCUUGCCCAGACAUCAAGUUCAGCGAAUCACAGAUUAAGUGCUACAUGAAGCAGUUGUUAUCUGGACUUGAACACUGUCACUCGAGGGGUGUAAUGCAUCGGGACAUUAAAGGAUCAAACCUUUUGGUAAAUAACGAAGGAAUUUUGAAGGUGGCUGAUUUCGGAUUGGCAAAUUUCUAUAGUUCUGGGAAUAGGCAACCUCUAACCAGUCGUGUUGUCACUUUGUGGUACCGUCCUCCUGAGCUUCUGCUGGGAUCGACCGACUAUGGAGCAUCUGUGGAUCUCUGGAGUGUUGGCUGUGUAUUUGCAGAACUAAUCCUUGGAAAACCUAUCCUUCAAGGGAGAACAGAGGUUGAACAAUUACACAAAAUUUUCAAGCUUUGUGGAUCCCCACCUGAUGAAUACUGGAAAAGAAGCAAACUUCCUCAUGCAACUCUAUUCAAACCACAGCAACCUUAUGAUGGUUGUCUUCGGGAGACUUUUAAAAAUUUACCAAAAACCACCAUAAGUCUGCUAGAAACGCUUCUUUCCGUAGAACCCUACAAGCGAGGGACAGCCUCUUCUGCUCUUGCAUCUGAGUAUUUCACAACAAAGCCCUAUGCAUGUGAUCCGUCAAGCUUGCCAAUGUAUCCACCUAGCAAAGAGAUUGAUGCAAAAGUUCGUGAGGAGGCAAAGAGGAAAAAGAUUGGUGGGAGAGUUCGCGGAUCUGAAAUAACAAGAAAGGCUGCAAGAAAACCCCAUGGAAUCUGUAAACUGGCACCAGCAGAGGAAAUGGCAAACCAAACACAAGAUUCUCAUAGGAUUAAUAGUAAACAUGGAGAUAUUCUUAAAGAAGUAAAUUCUGCCAUAGAUGGGGUGGCACAAAAACCAUCAACUGAUAAACCUGAAGAGGCUUCCCAUGUAAAGAACGCAUCUCAAGGCGACAUUCCUUUUCCAGGCGCCUUACAGGUUUCUACAUCAAGUGGUUUUGCAUGGGCAAAAAGGAGGAAAGAUGAGGCAUCCACAAGAUCACACACUAGGUCUAUUUCAAGAGGACACAUUUUCAGUGUUGUAGAACCUACCACAUUGCAUUCAAGGAACAAUUUUGACUCCAAAAGGCAUGAAAGCAGGGAUGUUAUAUACGGAGUCCGCACAAAUUCAAGAGGCCGUGAUUCAUAUGAGGUUGCGAAGCUUGCAAUGCAGAAUAAUUGGUGCAAGUUUGAGCGUCCAGACUCAUUUGAUGCUUCUGAUGAGUACCACUCUCAGGAACUAUCGAUGGCACAGUAUCAAAGAGAUGAAAUGGCUACUAAAAGAAGCAAUCUGGAUCAAGGGGACACUGUUGAAUUUUCCGGACCCUUAUUAUCUCAAUCACACAAAGUUGAUGAACUUUUAGAGAAGCAUGAGCGCCAAAUCCGCCGGAUAGUGCGAAAAUCAUGGUUUCAAAGAGGUAGAAAGCAUGGGAAGUAAAUUAACAGAUAUGCUUUGUUUUGGGUGAUUUGAGAAGGGAAUCGACCUCCAAAUAUGUGAUGCGAUUAUAACCGAACUCCGAUCACGGAUGAAUAUCUCCGAACCGCACUGCUGUAUCCGAUGAACAUGCCAUUCAAUCAUUGAGACAAUAAAAUCUUCAACACAACUCGUUGCCAAUGAAGCUGGGAGCUACAGCCUGACGAAACUUAGAUUAAACACCAAGAGAUGGGGAAAAUUAAAAGCAAGAGAGGGUUGGAAUGAGUGGAUUGUUCUCUUCUUUCACUCAAUAAUAGUUUAGGCUUCUUUUUGUUCUUUUAUUUAUUUCGUUUAAAAUUUAGUCUCUCUUUGUUUUCAGAUAUGAUGAAAACCAUCCGGCUAUGUAUAGGUAAGUGGUAAUAGAUUUGAGAAAGAGUCUUGUACAUGUUUACCGUUCAUAAGGCUCAUGCUAGCAGGCUUACCUUUCUUUCUCAUGCUUUGCCAUUACUUCUCUUCUGAUUAUUUGAAGCCUUUCUUCAGCAAAA